CGUACCUAAUGCUUUGUUACGAGACGAAAAGAUGGAAACUCAGUACAACAAAAAGCAUGGAACCAAAAAGAGAAUUUAUAACACCGGAGACCUGGUAUACGCGAAAAACUUCAGAUUCAAUAAAAGUUAUCAGGUUCCAGGAGAAAUAAUAGAAAAAGUGGGCAAUGUAAUUUACAACACUUUAAUUAAUGUUGGAGAUAGUAAAAUUCUUGUUCGAGCUCAUGCAGAUCAACUAAGAUUGAGAACUCCAACUGAGGACACACUACAAAUGGAAAAUUCCCAACUACCAUUGGAUAUACUACUGAAUGAUUACCAGAUUGCUUCACCUGUAGCUAUGGACAACUUUGUGACACCUCCUACUUCACCACUAUGCAAGCCUCAACGUAUUGUUUCCCGUAGACAACCAGUUGACCCUAUUUCUAGAUCACCUCAAGCAACUUAA